AUGUCGGAUACCUCUCAAAGCAUUGCAUUCUUCCACAAAACUCUUGGCAGCUCCUUUCUCUCAACAGCAACCUAUUUAGCAGCAGCCUAUAAUAGUGUUUCAUUUUGUGUUUAUAAUAUAGGUCCAUCUGUAAAGCGAGUACGAGGACCAACUAGGGGUAAGAACAGUAGUAGACUCAUCAGCCAACAUAGUGGGAAGAAGCUUUUUGUUGGAGUUUCUAUUGAGAGGAGGACAUUUGUGGGGCUUAAUGCCACCAAGGCCGCUAACGAAUUGGGGGCACAAAUUCGAUUGCAAGCCCCAUUGCAAGGAACAAAAAAUUGGGAGGACGUUCCACCAGUCAUUCGAGCAGCUAUUGUACAAUCCUUGCGGGAUAAGUUUGAGAUUGAAGGAUAUGAUGAGAGUCCACUUCCACAAGAAAUCAUUGACACAAAGGCCACACAUUUGUUCAAAGGCUGGCGAUAUCAUAUGCAUGAACAUUACAAAGAGUUGCUGAAAGAAGGUACAGAUCCUUAUAGUAAACCAUUUGUUGGGGUGAGCGAAGAAGAUUGGAGAUACAUGAUUGAUGAAGUGUUUCUUGGUGACACACACAAGAAACGGUCAACAAGAAAUAUAGCCAACAGGAAAAAGUUACCCUAUAAUCACACCAUGGGUUCAAGGUCAUUUUCAGCAGCAAUCUCAUCCUGA